AUUGCUUGGCACAUAUGCACAUACACGGCGGUUUGCUUCGUGGUGGCGCGCAUCUCGAUCCGGCUCCAGCGGGUCAAGAACCUCCGGGCCGACGAUGGCUUCAUCGUCCUGGCGGUGCUGUGCCUGAUCGGGGACCUGGUGAUCCAGCACUACAUGUGGACCCAGGGGCUCGCGGACCCUGCCAGCUCGAGCUUUGAGAACUUUACAAACAUCAUGAAGAUGAUCGUGCCCGGGUCGACGCUCUACAUCACCUCGCUCUGGUCCAUCAAGGCCGCGCUGGUGCUGCUGUACAAGCGCAUCGCGGGGCCCAAGUCGAGCAUGCAGAUGGUCUGCAACGUUGCGCUCGGUGUGCUGACGGCCACCUGGCUGCUCAUUUUCUUCCACAUCAUGUUUCAGUGCUGGCCGCACGAUAAGAGGUGGUCGCAGAACCCAAAUUAUAAAUGUGAUCCUCAUAACUCGGAGAUCAACUACUGGAUAACAGUGAUAAUAAACAUCACCACAGACGUAGCCAUCAUCAGUCUGCCCAUUUCAAUCGUGGCCGGCCUGCAGAUGAAGUUGCGGAAAAAGAUUGGCGUGGGGGCUAUAUUCAUGUUGGGAAUUUUUGUUAUUAUCGGCAGCAUCAUUCGUGCUUACUUUUCCAAACGAGACGAAACCAUGCUUACAUGUACCGUGUCGAUGAUCGAAACCAUGAUCGCCAUUAUUGCCGCCUGUCUACCUCCCCUGCUCAGCAUAAUCUCCCAAAAGAUGACCACAAAAAAGACGGGCUACAACCCGGAACAACACCCGAGCCACGAGCUCUCGUCGCGCAUGGCGACCCACACGCAGCGCUCCGCCUACUCGACCACGCGCAUCGAGGCCACCACGCCCAAGUAUCCUCAUCAGCAGAGGAACGGCCAACUCAGGGGUGGAGAGUCCGAGGACGAUUUGGUCGGUGGCGUCGGGGCCCCGCAUACAAGUUGGCUGUCGACCAAGCCCGAGCCUGGUGGAAUUCACGUCACCAAGACUGUCGAGACGUGGCGGGAUGCUCCUUGA